CGUGCACGUUGUUUGUUGUUAAAGUAAGAUCAAAUUUUUUGCGAUAAUACCAAAAAUAUUACCAACCGUGUAUUAUUUCAGCGAAAUGUAAAUGUAUUCAUUUUUAUUACAUUGGAAUACAUUUCACUUGCAAGUUUACAAUAUGUACAUCGUAAGAAAUAAUGAAAAUAUGAUUUUUAAUAAAUCGAAUUUACUUUACUGAACAAAAACAUUUUACUAUUAUGUAAAAUUAUUUUUUCCACGUAUACGUCGCUGUUUUAUCACGAAAGUAUGAUGGGUGGUAGACAUGGAGGGUGAAUUACCGACAUUUGCCAUUUAAUAAUUCAAAAUGCAGAAUUCCGUUAGCAAUAUGUCAGAUAUGAAUAGCAAUGAAGAAUGGUCGAGCUUUUGUUCUUCUUGCAAAUCUGUUUUACAUUCUAUAUGUAGCAUCGGAGAUUUGUCUGUUUUAGACGAAUUAAUUGACGAAAACAAUGUAAAAACUUGGAUUGAAAAGUAUCAGAAUAUUAUCGAAACUAGCGACGCGACAAACAAGAAAAACGAAAAACGAGAAAUAAAUAAAAUUAAUAAUGAUCAAUCAGAUUUCCAUAUAAAUAAGAAAGUAAAAUGUAUCGAACCUUUGAAUAAAACAGACAAGUAUCAAUUUGAUAGAUCAAAGAUUUUGUCUCGUGAGAUUAUAAACAUAGAUUCUAUGAAAAUAGCAUAUGAUCAAAAUAUUGAGCAAGAGGAAAUAUAUGAGAUAUCAAACACAAAAGUUUUACCACACAAUGCUAAAGAAGAUACUGAAUCUGUUAAUGAUAGUUUCUUUGCAUCAAAUUUUGUGUCUUCCAUAGAAUCACAGAGUACCGCACAAAACAUUUUACACCACCAUAGGAACAUACUCGACAUUGCUCAAUCAAUAUUAAGUCUUAGCAAUUAUAUUGACGAUAUGGGUAAAAUGAUACUCCAAGGAAUUCGUUCAAAACAGACUGUUCAGAAGUACCAAAAUUAUGUUAAUAAUGAUCUCUCAGAUGGAAAUCAGGCUGUAAAGACUUUGAAAAGUCAAGAUCUUCCUAUAUAUGGUUACAAUUCAUUGUGUAUUAAUAAGAAAUAA